AGCCCGUCAGUCUAGAGCGGCACGUGUUCUCGGAAUCGGAGCGAAGUCUCGCGCGAGUGCUUCGGCAAGAAGGCAGUGGGGCGGAGUCGGCAGUCGGCAGAGGAAGCGUGGUCGUCGGCUGGAAGCCAGCUGGUCCGAUAAGCCUGCCCGCGUCCCCUCAGUGUGUGCCGGGCGCCGCCGCCGGCGGGUUAAAGGUCACGCCGCGGCUGCGCGCUGAUAAAUACCAGGGCGGCGGCGCGUACGCCGGACUGCGUCGCCAGCCACACACCAUGGCGCCGAGGGCUCUGUUGCUGCUGCUGCUGGUGCAGCUGAUGGUGGCGUUCGCUCAAGAGGACGGAGAACUGGAUUAUGAGUAUCGGCUACCCACAAACGUGAAACCCAGCCACUACGAGAUUCGCCUGAGGCCGUAUUUCGACCCGGUUCUCGACGGCGACAAUUUCGCCACAUUCGAUGGCCAGGUCAUCGUCAAGUUGGAUGUGAUAGAGCCUACUGACGAGCUUCGUCUGCACAGCCUCGACAUGAUCAUCAACAGCUUCAAGGUGAGAGACGCGGUGACACGGAAGCUGCUGAAUGUGACGUACGUGAAAGUGGAGGAAGAAACGCAGCAAGUUGUGGCGGGGCUGAACUCGAGCCUGGAGAAGGGCCACCAGUACGUGCUGACCAUCUCCUACACGGGACACCUCAGGAACGACAACCGCGGCAUCGCCAAGACGUUCUUCAGGGAUGAGACCACGGGCGACAUUAGGUGGGUGGUGUUCUCGAGCUUCGAGGCGACGCACGCACGGCGAGCGUUCCCCUGCUGGGACGAGCCGAUGUACAAGGCCCACUUCACGGUGCGCAUCGCUCGCCGGCACGGACACAAGGCUGUCUCCACCAUGCCACUCAUGCCCGUUCGCGGAACCGUACCUGUUAUCAACGAGCGCGAGUGGGAGUGGGACUCGUUCGUGGAGACGCCGCUGCUGCCGCCGUACGUGGUGUCGCUGGCGGUGGGCCCGUGGGAGGCGGUGAACGCGUCGGCGCCGGGCGCGGUACCGGGCAGCUGCUACGUGGUGCCGGGCCGGCAGGGCCGCGCGCGCCAGGCCGCCGCCGCCAUCGGCUCGGCGCUCCGAGUCGCCGCAGACGCCGUCAUCGGCAUCGGCCUGCCGCCCGGGCUCUCCAAGCUCGACUGCGUCAUCGUGCCGGACCCCAACAUGGACUGGGCCGUAGAGAACUGGGGGCUCCUCACUUUCGGUGAGUCGAUGGCGAUGCUAGACGAGAAGCACGUAGACGCUGCUUCGCUGCAAGAAGUGUGGGCGACGGCGAGCCACGAGGUGGCGCAUCUGUGGUUCGGGAACCUGGCCACCCUGCGCUGGUGGAGCAAUCUCUGGCUCAAGGAGGGCUUCGCCACCUACUUCCAGUACGCCAUCGUCGACCAGAUGCGGCCGGACUGGCAGAUGUGGUCGCGGUUCGGCGUGGACGUGACGCAGUCUGCUCUGCGGGAGGACGUACGCGGGCAGCGCGCCGCACUCUACGCGGACGCGACCACACCAGCAGAGAUAGAGGACCGCUACGACGAGGUCUCCUACCACAAGGGAGGCGCCUUCAUCAGAAUGUUGGAAUCCUUCUUGGGAAGAGAUGUGUUGCUCAGGGGAAUCCGCAAUUUCCUGGAGGAGCGGCUCACAGACACGGCCGGAGUGGACCUGGAGGACCUGUUCCGGGCUGUGGGAGACGUCAGCGACCGCCUGCCUCCAGGCCAGACGCUGGCGGACGUGAUGACUCCGUGGGUGACGCAGCCUGGCUUCCCCCUGGUCACAGUCAGCAGGCAGGGCGGCAGCUUGGUGCUGUCACAGAGCCAGUUCCGGCCUGAGAAUGACUCCGCCGGCUCCCACCGCUGGUGGGUGCCAGUAACUUACACGUGUUCUCCACUCGAAGACAAUCAGCCGCUCAUUGAAGGGCUGGUGUGGCUGCCUCCACAUGAGAAUGCCAUCGUGCCCAUUGACCAGACCAAGUGCAAGUGGCUCAUUUUCAACAUGGGGCACAAGGGUUACUUCCGCGUGAACUACGCGCGCAACGUGCUGCAGUGGCGGCGGCUGAGCAGCCUGCUGGCGCGCGACGUGGAGGCGGUGCCGGCGGAGGGCCGCGCGCAGCUGCUCGACGACGCCUUCAGCCUGACAGCGGCGCAGCUGCUCGACUACCGCGUCGCGCUCGGGCUGGCCGCCUCCUUCCUCGAGAAGGACACGGCGCCCGGGCCCUGGGCCGUCGCCACCACCUAUUUUGGAGACAUUCUCGACCGCCUACGCUACAGACCUGGCAUCAUGCAGAUCUUCUCGACGUUCCUGAGGCGGCUGAUAAGGCAGCCGCUGCUGCAGUCGUUGCAAGCUGGCCCCGAGCAGCACCCUCUGCGCCUACUGAAGAAGUCGCUGUCGACGUGGGCGUGCAUGCGGCUGUCCAUGUGCCCCGAUUCGUACUCCUCGCCGCUGCCCAGACGGGAGGAGAGUCUGGACGAGCUGGAGGUGGACCCCGACCUGGUGGGCGCCAUUAUGUGCGGCGCGCAGCGCGGCCCCGGGCCCCUGGCGGCCAUCGUCCGCGACGCGCUCAGCCGCGAGGCCGCGCCGCCGCUGCACGACCAGGCCAUCAGCGCCGUCGCCUGCUCCGGGAACGCCACCGUCAUCUACAAAUUUCUGAAGAUGUCCAUGGAUCCUGAAGCAAUAAACUUAACAGCCAUAAACAUAGUGCAGUCCAUGGAUUCUGUUCUGUCAUUACCAUCACAAGCAGCUUUUGAUGCUGCACACAGACUGGUUCAAGAGUUCAUGAGCAAGAGGAGUGAUGCAGUUUCAGCUUUCCUGGCGAUGAUGCUCAGCCUGGCAGGAGCCAAGAAUGAAACUGAUCUGGCCCUGUCGCUGGCAAGAAACUACCCAAAUGAUACAGUAGUUACUGAUACACUUGAGGAGCUGGAAGCGGACCAAGAAUGGAUCACAAAGUAUGCUCGAACCAUAUUCCAGUGGCUGCAGGACAGAAGAGGCAGGGAACCGAAGCGUUCCAGUAACACUCACCGCCGUGGAUCCCGGCGCAGGCUGCAGAGCUCCAGACAGAAAGCUGUGACUGGCAGACCGAGGGUCCCCAGAAUGGUUGCCACUGGUGACGAAUCUUUGGACGGUGACUGGGAGCAGAACGAGUUAACAGCAGCUGGAGCUUCUUCAGAGAAACAAUGCAACUUCAACACAGGCUGUGGAGACAUGGGAGGAACAGAAUUGGGAGAAGGAUCUGUACCAGAGGGAGAGCUCAAUCUCUCCAACCCACUACUUGUAAGAGAGACUGAGGCAAACAGGGGAACACUGUCACUGAAUAGUUUGGACAAUACAGAGUCAGAAACUGGAGAUCCAUGUGUUACACUUACAAGAGACUGUAGUCAUGAGAAGGUUACAACAAAGCGUGGGAACAGCCUACGCAGGAGGAUCCGCAGGCAGAUGCCAGCUCCCAGAAAGCUUCUAUCUCUACAAAACUUCUUAGCAAGUACUAGCACCUAUAGUGGGGAAACUCCCUCGCCCACAGCUGUAUCUGUUGCCUGAUAUGUUGACUGUUGGUGCAACACCAAGUCCAUAGCCUUUUAGACGCAUGUACUGCGUGAUGAGAUUCUCUCUCUCUUUGUGUGUGUGUGUGUGUGUGUGUGUGUGCGCGCGCUCCAUGUAUGACACUUACCUUCUUUGUUUUGUUGUACCAGAUUCGACAGGUACUGGAGACGUUGAACAGUGAUAUGUUUUUAUUCUUGAAUAAAUAAUGUCUUAUUGCCCAUGCAAUGUAGGGAGAGAUUGUACACAUUAUUAACAUGUGAGUAUUGAAAGAAGAGCUGAUCUUUUUGAGCCAAUCAGAAGUUCUUAGAUAGUAGAAUCUGAUGGUACUUUCCUGUUACAAGAUGCACAGUAUGUUAGGUAUGAUAAUUAUGACUGUGAAGAAGCAGCACCACACACAUUUAAGCUUUUAAAGUGGUUCUUUUCUUAUAACACCAUGUAAGAACUGAAGUCUGGACUGUUUGAUGACUGCAGUAUUCUACAUAGAAAACUGCAAAAUUACCAACUGUAAGGAACUUUUAUGGUGUAAGGUCACUGCAUUUAUUCUCAUCUUAAAAAACUGAUAAAACCUGUGCAUCUCAUUUCCAUUUAAAGCAUCUAGAAACAUUAUGAUAACAAAAUAAAAAGAUAUAGAAUUUAUAGUAACUGAUGGAAACACCACUUACUGCUUCACCAAUGUACAAACUACUUGUGAAGACUAUGGUAUUUUUCUAACUUUUAGGCUUCGUAUUUUACGUAUUAGGAAAAAUACAUAGUGUAGUAAAAUAACAUGAGAUUAUCAUAAAUGCAGCUUUUAUAUUUCAGAUUUUUGAGUCUGAAAAUGUACUUUUUUAAAAAUUUGUUAGCUUCUGUAAGAAGAAGAAGUGGUAUAAUAAAUGGAACUAGAAUGUUCUUAUUUUA